AUGUCUUCAACAACACGAAUAGUGAAGAUUCCGGAUACCACAUGGAACCUUCAUAAGGAUGAUGUUUUGAAGCUCUACUUAGACGAUGGUCGCUUUUUGAGGGACAUCGUUGAUAUCAUGAAGACUGAACAUGGAUUCGAAGCGACGAUUUCGCAGUACGAGGCACGAUUUAGAAAGUGGAAGGUUCGAAGAAAUCUGAAGGUCUCAGAAUGGCGUCGCAUUUUCAGCACGUUGGAUAGUUUGCAUCCCGGUACCAUAAGCCGAAUCAUUCUAUCGGGCAGGAUCGUUGAUGAAAAAACAAUCCGUCGCGCUAGGCGGAAUUGUAAAAGUAAAUCCACGAGAAUCGAAGACAAUUCUCAAAUGGACGAUCUCUUCAAUAAUGAGGCCCAUAACUUCUCUAUUGAAAUCCAAAACCAAGACGGCACUUGGUCUCAAUUCCUGGGAGGUGAUGGUGUCGAUCCAAUACUGCCCUCGUCUCAUUCAAGCUUCGAUAACCUUCACGUCCCUCAGGACCUUGUACCAAUGGAUGUAACAAUGGAUGAAACUUACGAUGUUGUGGAGAACCAGAUGAUCAGAUUACAUGACUGCCUAACUGACAACAUGCCUUUGCGUGCGCCUACCGGGGCUCCUAUAAUGCCAACCAACAUUGACGACAGUGGACAUGGUGAUUUCGUUGGAUUCUUAAUGAAUAAUCCCAGUCCUAUAAAUUGGCCCUCCCCAGGAAACUCGACGGCACAACCCUCUUUUAUGUGGGAGAACUCUGGUAUCAACUUAGAGAUAUUUCAAUUAGGAUACUCUUUGGGUGACCCUUACAAAUGGCUCAAGCGUCUGUCUCUCGGCACAAUUAGCAAGCAGCUCGCAUCAUGGAAAAGACACUUCCCUACGAUCCAGAACGAAGUCAUAAGGCCAUUGAGGGAUAUGCAAGCGUAUAUGGACGUUUCCGGGUCAACAACCCAGGAAUUCUCCCAUUCCAGUUGCUAUUAUCAAAAUCUCCAAGCAUUGGUACCGGAGGGUUUGCUUCCAAAGCAACGGGGAAAUGAGAUGUUCGUGACAAGCGCCAGUGAAACUCUUAACGAUGAGAGUUUGCUCUCAGGGCUUGUCUUUACGAUGAUGAAUAGGCUAAUUGAUCUAAAAGAUAUUCCCAUAGGAUCGAUACUGAAGCUAUUCGCACAUUCCGGGAAAACCAAUACAAUGCCGACCCCAUUUUCGGAGGCCAAAUACGACCACGCUACAAGAGCGCUUGCGGAAUUCCUUUUCGAAGCCGCAAUAGAGGAGGGCGAAAAUAGUGUUCUCCGUAUACUCCUACGCACAGGCUUAGUUAGCGCGAAUCAGACUAUAUCUACCAAACGAGGAUCUCAACGUAGAGCAAUUGAGCGUGUGGCGGAGCUGCGCAAUUUGACCGCUAUGGAAAUCCUACUGGAUACAGAAGAAGACCUUACUCAAGCAAACCAAAAUAAUCUGAUAGAUAUCUACACUAGAUAUAUAAAUUUUGUUGACGAAGAAUGUGUCCAAUUUUGCCUAUUGAUACGAAACCGUUGGCCUAAUGCAACUAGUGAAGUAUUUAGGGACGGCAAAUUUUGGACCAAAGAGGCAAUUCGAUUGUCGCUCACUUCAUUCACACCUCCUGAGCACUCAAUGAUGAUUGAAUAUGGGAUUUUGCACAGCAUACCAAGCGAAAUGGAAGGCGGCGAGGCAGUAGAUGCUGUACGCCUCAUCCAUGACAACUGCAAGAAAACGGGGUGUGGCUGCUUUUACCGCGAUCCUAUAGGGCUAAAAGCUGCUUUGCUUAUAUGUGCUGAAGAUGGUCACUACAAGCUUGCUAAAUUUCUACUCCCGUUCUGCCGCCAUAAAUACCUGCUCGAAGCCUUGAGCGUCUCGAUUAGAUCCCAUUGGGGUAAUCUGGUAGCCCUCCUUAUGAGAAAUAUAAAAGAUGAUUAUUCCCAGGAAUAUGAUUCCGAUGAAAGCGACGACGAGUUUUACGACGGAAGCUACGAUUAUCUUCUGGCUCCUUUAGCUGAGGCUCUCUUAUCAAACGAUACAGCACUAGUUAAUCGCCUUGAAAGAGCAGGUGCACUAUCUCGCACUAUUCUUGGAGACGUCAUGGCCGCAGCUGUGGAAAUUCGAAACAUUGGCUAUAUAAAAAGACUUCUGGACCAGUUCGACCCUGUACGCCCGAAAGAUUUAUCAGCCGCACUUUUCAUAGCAAUAGAAAACGGGUUUGAUGAUAUCGCCUUCAUCCUCCUAGACGCGGGAGCUAGUGUCAACCACGGAAGCGAGAUAGAAAUGAAUGGGAAAAAGUACAAUGGUCUGCCAUUGAAUGCAGCUAUCAAGCGAAGGAAUUUUCAACUUGCGCGUACUAUAUUAAAUGCAGACAUCGGACCCGAGGGAAUCGAUGGUGAUACCUUUCGGAUAAUUUACAAAUCAGAUGCAAUAUCUAUAUUUAAUGAGGUCAUACAAUCUAUGGCGGAUAUAUUUUCUAGAAGCCCUUAUGCGCUAGACACUCAUGGACCACUGCCGAGUCUUCUUUCCGAUUUGCAUGAGGCCGGGCAGUACGAUCUGUUAAAGAUUCUUCUAUCUUCACUGAACAGAGUAAAUGACGGCAUAAAUAGAUCUUUCGAUUACGCGAUUAGAACCGGCAAUAUUGGAUUAGCACAAUUCAUGCUAUCUCAUGGAGCAAUCAAGUCACUCAUACCCUUCCUGGGGUCUGCAACCGUGAUGGGCCAAACUGCUAUACUCCGGCAGCUCUUACUUCAAGUGCAAAACAAUGUUACACCUGGUUCAAUACCUUUCCCAUUAUAUUCUGCGAUUCACGAUGAUCAGAACAACAUUCGUUUCAAUUUUGAAUGUCUAGAUAUUCUCUUCGCAUCGAACAUAUUUGACUUUGAAGUUGAUUACAACUGCAGUGGAUCACCGCUAUGUAUGGCUAUUGAUAUUACAGAUAAGCAUCCUGACGGCAGAUUUUUCAUCGUGAAGAAACUUCUAGAGGCCGGCUGUAAUCCGAACACUAUAGGUACUACAAUAGCCAUUAAUGGAGCAGAUGUUUCUGAAACCGCAUUGUUACAGGCUAUCAGCAAGAGAAAUGAGAGACUUGUCCGACUACUAGUACGUUGGAAGGCCAAUGUUCACGGCACUGCGCACCUUCUUACUGUACGGCGAACGCCGUUGCAGAAAGCUGCAGAGGUUGGCGACUUGGCUAUUGUCAAGUUUCUUCUUGAGCACGAGGUUGAUGUGAAUGCUCCCCCGACAACACGCAGCGGCGGAACGGCUCUUCAAUUUGCUGCAAUCAGUGGAAAUUGCAAUGUAGCGGCUGAACUUCUAAGUCACGGUGCGCUUCUGCAUACACCACCACUAUCAAAGGCCAAUGGGCGAUGGCCCAUUGAGGGGGCUGCGGAAAACGGUCGCUUUCACAUGAUUGAAUACCUCUGGAUAGCUAAGGAAAAUACAUUUCUGCCUGAUGGCUGCGAGACUGGCUUCGAGGAGAAGUAUUGUCGUAGAGCGAUGAAGCUUGCUGAGAGAUAUGGACACAUCGCAUGCCGGGAUCUAAUUGCCGAAAAAGCUGGGUUGAGUAUCGAUGAUGAAGAAGAUGAUGAAGAAGAUGAUGAAGAUGAUGAAGAAGAUGAUGAAAAGGAAUGA